AUGACUCCACGAAAUAUUGCGAUUGACCUGAGCAGAAUUAUCAUUCUUUAUGUGUUCAUCGUUCUCAUCGUUUACGGCAUCUGGAUGCGUGCUAUGGGCCCAGUCUUCCAAGUAAUGGUCAAAUACCAGCCACCUUCUGGCGAGAAACGUGUUCGGCCAGUCAUGGAGGAAGUCUGA